AUGGCACGAGGAAAUCCUCACCAUCUGAAGGUGACUUCUUUGGAUCAUCAGCCUCUGCCAUCUCAUGACAUAUGUCCAGCAGAACUCACAGGCACAUUACCAGGGUCGGUGCCAAACUUUGGAUCAACAACGCAAUCAUCUCAGCAUAAAUGCCAGGCCAGAGCAACAGGGAGUGGUAAGAGGGUGCGGUUGUUUCACUUUCUAUUUGAGCUGUUGGAAGAUCCCACUAUGGCCCAUUGUGUUUCCUGGGUCCCAUCAUGCAUUGGGGUUUUCCGCUUCUCAUCCACCAACAAGGACCAGGUGGCUGCACUAUGGGGUCAACGAAAGGGUAACAAGAGACCCAUGACUUACCAGAAGAUGUCCCGCGCACUCAGAAACUAUGCCAGAUCUGGAGAGAUAUUGAAGGUGAAGAAGAAGCUCACAUAUCGGUUUAGCCAAGACACACUGCUGUUGUUGCAGAAGAGCAGACACAGACCUUUCUGA